GCCCGAAGUUCCCACAUGGGUCAUUUUUUUGCGCAAGUGUUGCGCUGAGGGGUCUCCAGAUUGUGUCCACUUUUUGUGUCAUACUAAGCUACUGUAAGCGUCCGCUGGCAUCCUGCCAUGGCGUCACGUUUCUUUGCCACUGGCUCGUCCAGCGAGAGUGAGUCAUCCUCCAGUGACAAUGACGAGCCCAUACAGCCCAAGGCCAUCCCCCAGCAGCGCUUCUUCCUCAGCGACAGCGAGGAGGAGGUCAAGCGGGUGGUGCGCAGUGCCAAGUCCAAGAGACAUGAAGAAAUCAUGGACGUCAUCAAGCAGAUCAAGAACCAGAAGAAGAUCCGAGACGUCUCCCGUGUGCUGUCCAGCUUUGAUGACCUGAUCAGGGUCUACCAGAAGGCCCAGAAGGUGCUGUGCCCAGAGGGCACCACCCCGCCGCGCUUUUACGUCAGGACACUGGUGGAGCUGGAGGAAUUUGUAAAUGAGUGUUGGGAGGACAAAAAGAAGUUGUCCAAGAUGAACGCCAAGGCCCUGUCCACACUCCGACAGAAGCUCCGCAAAUACUGCCGAGACUACGAGGAGCCCAUCAAUGAAUAUAAAGAGAAUCCAGACGUAGAGAAAGAGGAAGAAGAGGAAGAAGAAGAGGAAGUCAGUGGAGAUGAGAGCGAAUCUGAUGACGAGGAGGGCUUGAGCAUGGCUGGCUUGAAGAGAGCACCAUCCAAACCAAAGCAGGAUGAUGACAGCGACAGUGACAGCAGCUUCUGGGACGACAGCACGGAAAGCGAAAGCUCCAGCUCGGAUGCCGAGGCUGGCAUAGAGGGCUACGGGGGACUCACAGCUGCCUACUUCUUGAAAUCGAAUAAUCCAGAGAAGGAGGUCCGUCACGAGAACCGGCGUCUUCAGCGUCGUAAGGAGCGCGAGGCCAGGCGAGCCAAGCAGGAAGAAGAGGAAGAAGGCGACGAGGAAUGGACAAAGGUCACCAAGGGGCUGCCCAUCAGUAAGGUUAUGUUUGACAAAGGCACGGAGAUCACCCACAGCCUGGUCAUUAAGAAGCUGCACGAGAUUGUGUCGGCCCGCGGCCGUAAGGGCACCAACCGCAAGGAGCAGAUUGAGCUGCUGCGGGAGCUGCGGGCCAUCGCCAGCCAGAAUGGCCUGGGCGUGGCCAUAGACCUCAAGGUGCUGUUCAACAUCACGGCGGCCAUCUUUGACUACAACCCCAACGUGGCCACCUGCAUGAAGCCGGACAUGUGGGCCAAGUGCCUGGACUGCAUCACCGAGAUGCUGGAGAUCCAGAAACAGAACUCGGACAUCACCAUCAAUGAGAACGUACCGGAGGAUGCAGAAACGCUCUCGGAGAAACCGUAUCGCAUCCGAGGCUGUGUGUUGACCAUCGUGGAACGCAUGGACAAGGAAUUCACCAAGAUCCUGCAGUCAGCCGACGCCCACUCCACGGAGUUUGUCGAGCGGUUGAAGGACGAGACCCGCGUGACCAAGAUCAUCACCACAUUGCAGUCUUACCUGGAGGAACGGGGCAGUGCCUCCGAUCUCUGCCGAAUCUACAUGCGCCACAUUAAUCACAUCUACUACAAGUACGACUACGACAAGCUGCAGCAGCUGGAAGAGCAGGUCCAGGAACGCCGCGCCAAGAUCCUGAAGGAGACCCAGGAGGGGAAGGGCAAGGACCCCGACGCUGGGGGCGACAACAAGGCGACGGACACCAAGGGGGAGGAGAAGGGCAGCAUUGAGGAGAAGGAAGGGGCCAAGGAGGAGGGCAAGGCGGAGGACGAGGCGGGCAAAAAGGAUGGCGGGGAGGAAGAGGGGACUGAGAAGACGGAGGAGGAAGGGGUCAGCUCCAAGACCAAGGGAGACACCAGCCGGACCACGGAGAAGCUGAUGGACCGCAUGUGUAAGUUCAUCUACUCCAAGGAUACGACGGACCUGAUCCGCACCCGCGCCAUGCUGUGUCAUAUCUACCACCACGCCCUCCAUGACCGCUGGUACAUGGCUCGAGACCUGAUCCUCAUGUCCCACCUGCAGUCCAACAUCCAGCACUCUGAUAUCCCGACGCAGAUUCUGUACAACCGCACCAUGGUGCAGCUGGGCCUGUGCGCAUUUCGCCACGGCAACAUCAAGGACGCCCAUCAUGCUUUGCUGGACAUCCAGAGUGGUGGUCGCGCCAAGGAGCUGCUUGCACAGGGUCUGUUGAUGCAGAGGCAGCAAGAGCGAGACCCCACCCAGGAGAAGAUUGAGAAGAGCCGGCAGCUGCCCUUCCACAUGCACAUCAACCUGGAGCUGCUGGAGUGCGUCUACCUGGUGUCUGCCAUGCUGCUGGAGAUACCCUACAUGGCCUCCCACAACUUUGACAUCCGUCGGCGCAUGAUCAGCAAGAGUUUCCACCACCAGCUGCGACUGAGCGAGCGGCAGACGCUGGUGGGCCCACCCGAGAGCAUGCGAGAGCACGUGGUGGCGGCCUCGCGCUCCAUGCGCUACGGCAACUGGCGGGCCUGCCGCGACUACCUGCUGAACGACAAGAUGAACGGUAAAGUCUGGAACCUGUUCCCCAACAGCGACCACGUGCGCCAGCUCAUCACAAGGAAAAUCCAAGAGGAGAGUUUGAGGACAUAUCUCUUCACCUAUGGCAGUGUGUAUGACUCAAUGAGCAUGAACACUCUGGCCGACAUGUUUGAGCUGGAGAAGCCUGUCGUGCACAGUAUCAUCAGCAAAAUGAUCAUCAACGAGGAGCUCAUGGCAUCUUGGGAUGAGCCUGCCCAGACAGUGGUCAUGCACCGUUGCGAGCCCACCAAGCUGCAGAGCCUGGCGCUGCGCCUGGCCGACAAGGUCAACAACCUCGUGGAGAAUGGCGAGCGCCUGCUGGAGUACCGCCAGAACGACGGGCGGGGCUUUGGCAAGUCCGGAGGCGGUGGUGGAGGAGGGGGCCAGGGAUACCGCGACAAGCAGGGCGAGCGGACCGGGGGCGGAGGGGGUGGCGGUGGUUUCCGGACGGGACGCUCGGGCUACCGGGGCGACCGCAGCGGCGGUGGGAACUACCGCGGCGACCGAGGGAACUAUCGCUCUGGUCGGAGAGGUCACCAGAGUAACUACUAGACUCCAAGGUCCCGAAAUUGUCCCGGUCAUGUCGGCAUUAAAUUUGUCAGCUGUGAAGUGGAGAUUUCGACACAAGCCUUCCUCCUUUGGAAGCAUUAUCUGUCAGUUUUAUUGCAUUUAGUGUCAGAUUCAAGACAGGCUUCUUGACCAAAACUCCUUGUGAAUUAAGUUAAUUGAGCUGCUUCACAUCUUUCAUUGAGGGGAACCGUUAUGUGCAUUCUGGGUGGUGCCAAGUCAUUAAUGCACCAUUGUGGUGAAACCGUUGUCGCGUGAUCUGUUCAGGAAAGUUUGGCACGUUACAGAAGAGCUUUAGUGACUGGUCAGCAUCCCAUUAUCUUGGGGUAGUUGAGACGUAUGCACAUCGUACAGGGAAAACAUUUUGAUAGUAGUGAAUGUAACAAACUAGAAAAACUUUCCAGAAGGCACGUACAUUGAAAUAUGUCUGUAAAGUGGAACUUUCCACUGAGCUUUUACAACUUAAAUAUUUAUUUCUUUCCCCCCAAAUCUUAGCAUUUCCUGUCUAGUUCUGUGCAAAGACAAGGAGUCAAGCCGUUGCCAAUUUAGGAAAUCAAAU